AUGCUUGGUGGUUUGUUGACCAAGCAAUUUAUCUUGAUCGUCCCAAAAGACGUGCUCAAAGCGCUACUCGGCGAGCCAAUCUAUGACAAGACCGACCUCGAUGGGCAUGGUCACAUGGCUGUGCCGCCUUAUGUGCCCCCAGAAGCCGCGUGCGCGCUGAAGAAUGAACCCUCGUUUUUGUUGCCUUCCCCGGACUAUGAUGCCAAGUCCUCCUUGUAUCUGUCCGUCGGUUACGAGAAACGGCUGAGAUUAUCUUGUCUGACGGGCUCUCAUCCAAAAAAGAUGCCCCAUCACAGCAGGUCUUCGACUUCGAGGGCGCGCAAGUCAAUCGAACUUUGUCGGAAGUUGUAG